UCUGAACGACCUUGACCUUUGCUUUGCUGACAGCAGCGGAAUACUUUUAUAAUUUUUCAUUUUUACAACGUGACAGCUUACAAUGCAGGGAAAAUAACAUGAACAGUUUGAUGCAGUCCAUGAUUGAAUACUACGUUUUUAUACAGUAACAGUUAAAUCAGCAAAUAUAAAUCUACAGGAAGUUUAUUGUGCAACAAACAAAAUUGUCGGAAACAUGGCUGCGGUAAGGCUAAUGCCAACUGUACUGAGGAGCUUUCAGAGUUGCACAAGAAAAUUUGACGAGCCUUAUAGACUGGCAAGCAGAGCAUUAGAGUCUGUAUUUCCUGUUUUGUCACUGUCGCUCCACACAAGCAGCUCAUACCACGCUAGCAGGAAAUCGGGGUCUGGUCGGAAUCGAGGUCAUGGUGGGAGUGGAAAGAGAAACAAUAAAGAUGGCUUAAUCCAUUGUCCAUCCUGCAACUCCCCAUUUACAGAAGUUUCUCAGUUUGAAGGUCAUCCCAGAUUUCUACGAUGCAUGGAAUGCCAUUACUUCUUCUUGAAGGCAAAUGAAAUUCCGAAAUCAACCCCAGCCCCAAAAGAAGAGGCACUUCUAUCACCAAAAGAGUUGAAGACAUUUCUUGACAAAUACGUGGUUGGACAAGAGCUGGCUAAAAUUAUCUUGUCCACAUCUGUGUAUCACCACUACAAAAGAGUUAGACAUAACCUUCCUAACCAGAAAUCAACUUCUAUGGCAGCGGAGACAUCACUUAGUGAAAUCAGUAUGUCAACACCUUUAUUCCACUCAAGAGAGGAGCUGCUAGAGCUUUCUAAGGAUUCAGGGAAGAUGAGUGCCCUAGGACCAAGAGCCUCUAUGUCAAAACCACAUGAAAUAUUUACCUUUGAGUCUCAGACAGACAAGAAUAAAGUUGUUAUAGAGAAAAGUAAUAUACUCAUGUUAGGAUCCACUGGUUCAGGAAAAACUCUGUUAGCUCAGACGUUAGCACGCAUAUUAGAUGUUCCAUUUGCAAUCUGUGAUUGUACGACACUGACAUCGGCUGGCUACGUUGGCGAAGACAUUGAAUCUGUGAUAGGGAAACUUCUUCAGCAGGCGAAUGGUGAUGUGGACAAAUGCCAGCAGGGUAUUGUAUUCUUGGAUGAGAUUGAUAAAAUAGCCAAAGCACAAAACACUCAGCAUUUGAAGGAUGUUGGUGGUGAGGGAGUACAGCAAGGGAUGCUGAAAAUGCUGGAGGGUACACAAGUCAAUGUGCCAGAGAAAAACAGGAAAAUGAGGGGUGAUACGGUUGUUGUUGAUACCACAAAUAUUCUAUUUGUUGCUGCCGGGGCAUUCAGUGGUCUAGACAAGAUUGUACAACGAAGGAAAAAUGUUAAGUAUUUAGGAUUUGGUGCACCUAUGACUGUAGUGCCAGAAGAGAAAAGCUCAACACUGUAUGAAAAUCAGGAUAAUAAGAAUGAAUUUGACAAUCAGUUACAUGAUGAAUUGAUGAAACAAGUAGAAGACUGUGAUCUCAUUGAGUUCGGACUAAUUCCAGAAUUUGUUGGCAGAAUGCCAAAAUUGUGUCCAUUCCAUUCUCUUGAUGAAGAUAUUUUAGUAAAAAUUCUAACAGAACCAAAGAAUUCCUUAUUAAAACAGUUUAAACACAGCUUCUUAUUAGAUAAGUGUGAAUUAGAUAUAACUCCAGAGGCUCUACGUGCCAUAGCUCAGGUUGCAAUGAAGAAAAAAAUGGGCGCUAGAGGUCUUCGAGCUGAAGUGGAACGUCAUUUGUUGACAGCAAUGUAUGAGGUUCCAGGAUCAGAUAUAAAACGUGUUGUGGUUAAUGAAGAUGUGAUUCGUAAUAACACACCUCCAACAUUUGUACAUGGACUAGAUCCUGAAGAUCUGGAAUACGAGAGUGACAGUACAAACUUUGAUAUACAAGAAACAAACAUUGACAAUUUAAAAGAUUCUAGUCCAAAAGUCUUAUAACCAUUUUUUAAUUCAACAAUAAAAACAGGGAAAAUGAAA